AUGGCGGAAAUGCAACAAGAAGGAGGUAUUCAAUUGGAUGACCCAGUAAAAGUUGAACUGAGUGCAAAGGAUACUUAUCCAGCUGUUUAUCAGUUCACUCCAGCAGAAGACAUUUCAAGCACACAACUUGACAUAACUGUCACUUCUGAGUCUGUUGACGUACCAGCUUACUUAAAAGUAUCACGUGACUGCAAGGACGUCAAAGAGAACAUCGACGUUGUGGACUAUAAGGGAGAGUCAAUUCGUCUGUCGUUCGCUAAAAAGGGACGGAUUACUUUGUCCAAGUUCUCCAUUCCACCUUUAACCGCCUCCACUUCAAGUUGGUUCAUUGGGAUUGCGAUUAAAAACGCCACUGGCGAAACUUCCCCUGAAGCCGCGAAGAAAGUUAAUUUGACUUUGACGAGAUCAUUUGACUACUCAUACGCUCAUCCAAUGUGGAUGUCGCAACUUUUAAUCAAUGUCUCUGUUGGUGUUUUUUUUUCCCUUUUAGGGUGGUUUGUUUUUAGAGUGAGAAAUUGCAAGAAGUGCAAAAUAAGGAGAAAGUGAUCGUCCUCCAGAUAAGUCUAGUUUAAGUAUAACCGGCGGUGAAUUUUUCUCAGCUAUGCUGGCCGUUCUGUUUAUUUAUUCGUUCAGUCGGGGUCCCAAAACUUACUCUUACAUCACACUCAUUGUCGGUUCGGUUUUAAUGUUGGGUUCAUUCCAGUUUGUCUUUGCAGACUGGUAUUUAAUGAUUCAAGAGGGCGACAGAGACCACUGUUAUUAUAACGAUUUCUGUUAUCGAGUGCGCUAUGCUGAUAUUCCUUAUAAUUUAAUUGUUAGUAAUAUGGUUUACGUCUUGCAUGGCUUGAUUUUAGCUAUAACUGUUCUCUGCAUGGAGUCAGAGGUACUUGCUCGAUGUAGGAAACUUGUGAAGGAAAAAAGAAAAAAGUUAAAACCAAAAGAGGAAGAAGAGAACGCAAAACGACAUUUUAAACGUGAAAAAAAAGAAAUGAAAAAGAAACUAGUAGAAGAGGAAAAGGGGGAGCAGAAAUACAAAAAAAAUACAAAUGAAAUAAAGGUGCAAGAAGGAAGAGAGAAUGGAGAUAGUAAAAGCGUGGAUCAGGAUCAUUCUACAAAAAAUGAAUCUUAUGAAGGGUUACCUAAUCACGUGUUAAGAUGUCCCGAUAUUUCGCUUCAUCUCAGAAAGAUGCAUGUUCCCAAAGAUGACGAACCUUCUGACGAGAUGUUUGCUGCAGCAAUUAAAAAGAAGUAUAACUUUUCUAUGGGCUACGCUCUAGCCUGGGCCUUGUUGUUUGUAGGGGUAUUUUCAGCUCUUUAUCAUCUCUGUCCGAGUAGGUUGACUUUUCAGUUCGAUACAGCUUUUAUGUUUGUGAGUGCAGGUUUAAGUCUUGUUUUGUACUAUAAUGGCAUUGAAAUGCAAGAAUGCUCAGCAAGUGUAAGCGCUAAAAAUCGUGUAGGAGCGGCAAAUCUGUUUCUUUACUUCGUAGUUCCUAUAUUAAUUUUUAAUUAUUUUGGAAUAAUGUAUCAUUCAGAGGCAGGGCUCGCCAAAGUAGUCCAAAUCCCCGUCUUUAUCCUUCUCGGUCUCUGGUCAGUAAUCAUUCCAUUGUGGGCUGGAUAUAAGUUGUUUCCUAAUACAUGUAUAGUCCACCGGAACUCAUUUGUUCAGAAGUGCUGUUGCAGUGAAUGUUAUGUAGACUAUAAAAGGUUGCCGAGUAAAGAACAAAAUGAAGGUUCUAAAGAAUGCCUGACCUGGAAAAACCAAGUGUUUAAUAUUACUGGUCUCUUUCUUUCACCGAUUUCGUUUGCGAGCCUCUGGAUUGCUAAAGUAUUUGAAUUUACCGACGCCUUUCUCUAUCUUUGUUUAACAGAGAACAUUGUUGCAGCUUUCGGAACUUUCAUUCUCGGUAGCAGUUUUGGCAGCCAGUCAGACUCCAGUGGAUGUAACAAAUGGUGUAAAAUUUUAUUCCGCUUUUUGCAAAUUCCUUUUUUUGUGCAGCCUUUGUCAUUUUGCAAACAAAUGAAACAAUAG